GGAAACACACGCUCGAGAUCGAGGGUGAGCGAGCCGGCUGUCGGUUGACCUGCGGUGCAGCGGACCCGCUCUCCCGUACGCCUCUAUCCGCGUCGGCGAGAAAACGAGCGAGAGAGAGAGAGAGAGAGAGAGAGGAGAGAAGAGAGAGGGGUCGUCUCGCCCCCACCCACCUGAUGCCCGAUCCAGGGCUGUGUCUUCUUAUUCUUCUUUUCUCCUCCCAAAUCCUCAGCCCGUCCUCUUCUUAAUCCCAUGGGCCACAUCUCCAUUCCAAGACUCGGGAUAGGGUUUCGGCCGCGGCUUCUCCUCCUUCCUAUGCGUUAGCUGUCGCCCUACCAUGGUCCUCCCCCUGCAGCGCCGCCGCGAUGCCUUGGUGGAAGAGCAGCCCCAAUCCUCCCUCAUCCUCCUCCUCAACGUCCUCCCCUAGACGCUCCUCCUGCUCCUCCACCCCGGUCUCCCCCCACCGGAGCGCCCGCCGGGACUCGGCUUCUAUUUUUAGCCGCCGGGACGCGAAAAAUCACCAGCACCAGCAGCCCCGCCUCACCCGCCAGCGUAAGCUCCGCCACAUCGACGGCAACGACGUCGACGCCCUCGCCGUCGACGGCGGCCCGGCCGUCUCCUCCCGCUCCGCUAACUCGACCCCGGUCUCCCGCUCGCCGAGCAACACAGAUGGCGGGCUUCCCUCGCGGUCGUCCUCGUCGCCCCUCCUGCUGCCCCAGCCGCUCCCCCUGCCCGAAUCAGGGAAGCUGGUGUUUGAAUUUUCGUCCCCGGGCGGUCGCCCCUUGCCCUCGCCGAAAGGGGCUUCGAGCAGGGCCAACGCUGAGGAAGCGAAUGGCGCUGCUGCGGAUUCUUCGCCCCCUAGGGAGCUGAUGGGCGAGAGGAUUUCUUCGGUAUCUGCAGUUGGGAGGUUGGCCAACCAUACCACUCGCAAAAGUCCGGAGCACAAUGAUGUACCAUUAAAUGUAUAUGCUCUUAGCCAGCAUAUGAAGGUGUUCCAGGGUCCAAAUUCUUUUGACAAUGUGAACUUCAGGUUAAACAUACCUGCUAAAAGUGCUCCAACCAGCGGUUUUUCAAGUCCUGUACGCAGUCCUCGAAGAUUGAGUCAUGCGGACAUUUCCACGUCUGGCAUUGUUCCUCAGGGUUUUCAACAUUGGUCAUCCCCAGAGGUCCCUUCUAAAGAUAUGAUGACAAUUUUUUCACCCCAAGCUUCACCUGAGAAAAUUAUCAGCAGCCCUGAACGCUCGCCGCUUUAUAGCCCAGCAAGAAAAAGUCCUGUUUUAAGAUCAAGAAAUCCUAGUGCACCUCCAUCACCGCUGCAUUCAAAGAAGUUCCCUGAAAAUCCUGUCACAUGGCAUGAAAACAAUAGUAAUAUUAGUGUCCACCCACUGCCUCUCCCUCCAGGAGCUCCAGCUCCUUCACAAUCAAGUUUUGGUCAUCAGACUGCUGCAAAAACUGAGGUAUUACCAAUGACAGGUCAAUGGCAGAAAGGCAAACUUAUCGGAAGUGGUACAUUUGGGAAUGUGUAUGAAGCCACCAACAGGCACACUGGAGCUUUAUGUGCAAUGAAGGAAGUCAAUAUAAUUCCCGACGACUCCAAGUCUGCUGAAUCUUUAAAACAGUUGGAGCAGGAAAUAAAAUUUCUGAGUCAAUUUAAGCACCCAAAUAUCGUGCAGUAUUAUGGGAGUGAAAUUAUCGAGGAUCGGUUUUACAUAUACUUAGAGUAUGUUCAUCCUGGUUCAAUCAAUAAGUAUGUUCGUCAGCAUUGUGGAGCUAUGACAGAAUCGGUGGUUCGCAAUUUCACUCGUCAUAUUCUCAAGGGGCUGGCUUACUUGCAUAGUAAAAAGAUAAUGCACAGGGAUAUCAAAGGUGCAAAUUUGCUUGUAGAUGCGAAAGGUGUUGUUAAGCUUGCUGAUUUUGGGAUGGCAAAACAUUUGAGUGGAGCAACAGCAGUACUUUCACUUAAGGGAACACCGUAUUGGAUGGCUCCAGAGGUGGUGCAGGCUACAUUGAAUAAAGAUAUUGGUUAUGAUCUUUCUGUUGACAUAUGGAGUUUGGGUUGUACAAUUAUUGAGAUGUAUACAGGGAAACAUCCUUGGAGUGGUCUUGAAGGGGCUGCGGCUAUGUUCAAGGUGUUGCAUAGAGACCCACCUAUUCCUGAAACAUUGUCCUCUGAGGGCAAGGACUUUCUUCAGCUUUGCUUUCGUAGGAAUCCAGCAGAAAGGCCCACUGCAAACAAGUUGCUUGAACAUCCUUUUAUCCGGAACUCCCACCAUCACAAUCUUCAUGGUUCCAUACAGGCGUUUGCAGGAAUUAAAUUGGAUACCAGAUACAAUUCAAGAGACAGAACCACAUCGAAAAGUGACUCAUGCGUGAAGGGGAAGCAGUCAUCUAAUGGCGAGGGAAAUUCUUAUCCUGAAACUUCUGAAUCGGCAGCAUCCCGUCCCUCUCCUCAUUCCAACCCUGAGAUUGUGCCUGGUUUGUCCCCGAACUCAAAUUAUAUGGGGUCAAGUCCGCCUGGCUCUACAACAAAGGUUUUGAAUGGUAACUUUCACCUGUAUGCAUUACCCAAGCCUCAUGGAAAGGAAUUUUCGAAUAGCUUCUGAUUUUGGCUGGUUGUAUUCCCGUGGGGAUCAAAUGAGUGAUUUGAACAGUAUCCAGAUUCAGCAGGCUGGCAGACACGUGACACAGGCCAUUCAGUUCUUUAGGAGCUGAGUUGUACAGUUUGAGUUGUAUACCCGCACGCCCUCUGAUUUUUCUUCCCUUUUCAGUGCUAGUUCAUAUAACUACAACGGUACAGGAGGUUGUGUAUCCCCGGAACCGGCAGCGUUGCUCAAUCUGGUGACUCUUUAUAUACUGGAUGGGGUAAAUAGGAAGCUGUAUGUUGUACACUACUGUUGCAUCGAAGAACCUCAUCAGGGUUGAAGUUUGUAUGUAGGGACUCAUGGAAGACAUUGAUGUGCAUGAUGUAGUUUUCAGAAAUGAAAUUGAGUUGUAGAUAAUUUUAGCUCUCUGGCUGUAUGUUCUUUGUGAACUAUCAUUUCACUAAUUAAUUCCAGGAAAUUGAGGUGCUAGAGUCACCAAUACAAGUUAAACA